AUGUUCAACAGGCGUGUGCGCACACCUCCGCGCGCAUUCUCCAUACAAGGCUGGCUGGCGGCGAUCCUUCUGCGCGCCGCGGCGUCUCAACCUCUUUUGUCGCUUUUAGCCGUGCGCCUUUUUUUUUUUGUCUUUUUCCCCCCGUGUGUGUGUGUGGAAGCGCAAAGGCGAGCCAGGAUGCCGCAGAACAACGCGUCCAACCUCACCGGCUCCAACUCCACCAACCAGUUCGUGCAGCCGCCCUGGCGCGUCGCCCUGUGGUCUGUGGCCUACAGCGCGGUGCUGGCCGUGGCCGUGUUCGGCAACCUCGUCGUCAUCUGGAUCAUCCUGGCGCACAAGCGCAUGAGGACGGUGACCAACUACUUCCUGCUCAACCUGGCCUUCUCCGACGCCUCCAUGGCCGCCUUCAACACGCUGAUCAACUUCGUCUACGCCACCCACGGCGAGUGGUACUUUGGGGAAGCUUACUGCAAGUUCCACAACUUCUUCCCGGUGACGUCGGUGUUCGCCAGCAUCUACUCCAUGACCGCCAUCGCCGUGGACAGGUACAUGGCCAUUAUCCAUCCUUUGAAGCCUCGUCUGUCAGCUAAGGCCACCACCGGAGUCAUUGCCUGCAUCUGGAGUCUGGCCGUGGUCCUGGCCUUUCCCCUCUGCUACUUCUCCAAAAUCCGAGUUCUGCCUCGCCGGACCUUGUGCUACGUGGCGUGGCCCCGUAUGGCAGACGACCCCGUCAUGUACCACAUCAUCGUGACCGUGCUGGUGUAUGUGCUGCCUCUAGUGGUGAUGGGCAUCACUUACUCUAUCGUGGGCGUGACUCUGUGGGGAGGCGAGAUCCCCGGGGAUUCAUCCGACAACUACCAUGGACAAUUACGGGCUAAAAGGAAGGUUGUGAAGAUGAUGAUCAUCGUCUUGGUGACCUUUGCCCUCUGCUGGCUGCCCUAUCACAUCUACUUCAUAGUGACGGGCCUCAAAAAGCAGCUGAUCAAGUGGAAGUCCAUCCAGCAGGUCUACCUGUCGGUGCUGUGGCUGGCCAUGAGCUCCACCAUGUACAACCCCAUCAUCUACUGCUGCCUCAACAGCAGGUUUCGGGCGGGCUUCAAGCGAGCGUUCCGCUGGUGUCCCUUCAUCAAGGUGUCCAGCUACGACGAGCUGGAGCUGCGCUGCGCCCGCCAGCACCCCACCCGGCAGAGCAGCAUGUACACGCUCUCCCGUAUGGACACCACCAUGGUGGUGGUGUACAACCCCGCCGAGGGCGAGGGCGGGGCUGGUGGGGGUGGCUCCGGCAGGAAGUGGUCCAUGUCCUCCAGGAAGAGGAGCUACAUCACGUCUCGCCUCACGCCCGCCGGCAGCAACGGAGGGAGCGUGAAAGUGGAGAAUGGAGGCGUGGCGAGUUCGCAGGUGGAGGAGUUUUCUUGAGAGCCUUGCAUGUGACGCUGGUACAUAGGGACCCGGCACAUUUGUGUGGGGCAGGGCCAGGGGGCCGGAAUGACAACAUACAGGCCCCCGAGUUUGAAACUUUUUGCAGAAAAAUUCUAAAAAAAAAAACAUGACAAUGCGACCGUUGUAUGACAACUCGGACCACACUUUUCUGGACUUCACAUUUCCACCUUCCUCGCAGACGUGUUGUGUACUUACCUGAGACGUUCCUCAUGCCACCCCUCUGAGUCCCCUGCAGUUGUGACAUAGGUGUGGCUUCUUUACCUCACAUGCAGCCAACGUCUUUAGUUACAAGAGCGGUGUUCCUCAAAGUUCUGUUUUAGGUCCUCACCAUUUUUUCAAUCAGGCCUAUAAGUGUCAAACAUUUAGGUGUGAAACAUAUAGGCCUAUAGGUGUCAAACAUUUAGGCCUAUAGGUGUCAAACGUUUAGGUGUCAAACAUUUAGGCCUAUAGGUGUCAAACGUUUAGGUGUCAAACAUUUAGGCCUAUAGGUGUCAAACUUUUAGGUGUCAAACAUUUAGGCCUAUAGGUAUCAAACAUUUACAUGUCAGACAUUUAGGCCUAUAGGUGUCAAAUGUUUUCAUCAUUUUGGCCUACAGGUGUCAAACACCUAGGUGUCAAACGUUUAAGCCUAUAGGUUUCAAACAUUUUCAUCAUUUAGGCCUAUAGGUGUAAAACAUUUAGGUGUCAAACAUUUAAGCCUAUAGGUGUCAAACGUUUUCAUCAUUUGGGCCUAUAGGUGUCAAACAUUCAGGCCUAUAGGUAUCAAACGUUUUCAUCAUUUAGGCCUAUAGGUGUCAAACAUUUAGGUGUCAAAUAUUUAGGCCUAUAGGUGCCGAUCACUUAGGUGUCAAACAUUUAGGCCUAUAGGUGUCAAACAUUUUCAUCAUUUAGGCUAAUAGGUGUCAAAUGUUUUCAUCAUUUAGGCCUAUAGGUGUCAAACAUCUAGGUGUGAAACGUUUUAGCCUAUAGGCGUCAAACAUUUUCAUCAUUUAGGCCUAUAGGUGUCAAACAUUUAGGCCGAUAGGUGUCAAUCACCUAAGUGUCAAACAUUUAGGCUUAUAGGUGUCAAACGUUUUCAUCAUUUAGACCUAUAGGUGUCAAACAUUUAGGCCUAUAGGUGUCAAACGUUUUCAUCAUUUAGGCCUAUAGGUGUCAAACAUUUAGAUGUCAAACAUUUGGGCCUAUAGGUGUCAAACCUUUUCAUCAUUAAGGCCUAUAGGUGUCAAACAUUUAGGCCUAUAGGUGUCAAAAGUUUUCAUCAUUUAGGCCUAUAGGUGUCAAACGUUUUCAUCAUUUAGGCCUAUAGGUGUCAAACCUCUAGGUGUCAAACGUUUUAGCCUAUAGGUGUCAAACAUUUUCAUCAUUUAGGCCUGUAGGUGUCAAACAUUUAUGUGUCAAACAUUUAGGCCUAGAGAUGUCAAUCACUUAGGUGUAAAAAAUUUAGGCUUAUAGGUGUCAAACGUUUUCAUCAUUUAGACCUAUAGGUGUCAAACAUUUAGGCCUAUAGGUGUCAAACGUUUUCAUCAUUUAGGCCUAUAGGUGUCAAACAUUUAGAUGUCAAACAUUUGGGCCUAUAGGUGUCAAACGUUUUCAUCAUUAAGGCCUAUAGGUGUCAAACAUUUAGGCCUAUAAGUGUCAAACAUGUUUCAUCAUCUAGGCCUAUAGGUUUCAAACAUUUAGUGUGUCAAACAUUUAGGCCUAUAGGUAUCAAACAUUUUCAUCAUUUAGGCCUAUAGGUGUCAAACACUUAGGCGUCAAACAUUUAGGCCUAUAGGUGUCCAACAUGUAGGUGUCAAACAUUUAGGCCUAUAGAUGUCAAACAUUUAGGUAUCAAUCAUUUAGGUGUCAAACAUUUGGCCUAUAGCUGUCAGACAUUUAGGUGUCAAACAUUUAGGCCUAUAGGUGUCAGAAAUUUAGGUGUCAAACAUUUAGGCCUAUAGUUGUCAAACAUUUAGGCCUAUAGGUGUCAACAAUUUAGGUGUCAAACAUUUAGGCCUAUAGGUGUCCAACAUGUAGGUGUCAAACAUUUAGGCCUAUAGAUGUCAAAUGUUAAGGUGUCAAACAUUUGGCCUAUAGGUGUCAGACAUUUAGUUGUCAAACAUUUAGAUGUCAAACAUUUAGGUGUCAAACAUUUAGGCCUAUAGGUGUCAGGGAUUUAGGUGUCAAACAUUUAGGCCUAUAAAUGUCAGAAAUUUAGGUGUCAAACAUUUAGGCCUAUAGAUGUCCGACAUUUAAGUGUCAAACAUUUAGGCCUAUAGAUGUCAGACAUUUAGGUGUCAGACAUUUUGGUGUCAAACAUUUAGGUGUCAAACAUUUAGGCGUAUAGGUGUCAAACUCAAAGCCUUUGGGCCAGAACUGGCCCACCACAUGUGGCCCCGUGCAAGUUCAGACAUAAUGGGCGUCAAUAAAGAACUUGAUUAUUUUUGCUAAAUGUAUUUGCUCUUUCGAUUUCAACAGAAAAAUGGCAUGACUUUUAAAAUGUAAACCAAAUGUUAUUUAUGGGCAGUAAACCUUUGGGCAUCACAUUAUUCCGAUUGAUUCGAUUCUUGGGGAUAACGAUAUGAUUGAGAAUCAAUUUUCGAUUCAAAAUCAACAUUGGGUGCAAGUUCUGUGAUUAACUUUGCUUUCUGGAAAUGUGGCCCCCAAAACAAUUGAGUUGAAUAUUCCAGCUGAAGAGUAAAAAGUACCUAUACAAGUAGUACAACUAUGAUGAUGAAAGUUUGGCUCCCAUCACUUCCAACAUGUCGCCUGCACCAGUAAAUUCCUGCUCAGCCUUAACGCUUUUAUCACUAAUUAACAUCUAACCAUUAAUUGCACCUCAUUUUCAGAAGGUCUCGGCCCCGUGGUUUCAAUUAUGGCUGUUAAAACUCUUAUUUGUUGGUUCUGCUUGAGUCUAACGCUGCGCAUGCUCGGAUGGCUUUGUGUUUCUCAGAAGGAGCCUUUGUAAAUAUGUGCCUUUCUCGUCCCAGACAUUGAAACAACAUUGAAAACUGUUGAAUUAGAUCCUGACCUUGAACAACCCGAACAUAACGUUGAAACAACAUGCUUUUUGACGAUGUUUCUUCAAUAUUGGGUUCUGACGUCGAUUCGAACAUUGCAUUUCGGUCAUUUCUACCAGGAAGGAGUUGAGGGCACAGACACAAGGGGGAAGUAAAGCACGAUGAUUUAUUAUAUAUAUUUGGUGUAUAUAAUAAUCAAACAGUAUUACCAAAUAAGUAUAGAGUGGUGUGUUUGACAAAAUCUAAGAGUGUGGGUGUGAGGCUAUGUGUGAGACUAGUAGUGUGUGUUACCAAGUGUUAUGUUGAGCAAGAGGAGGGACAAAGCAGGAAGGCAGUCCAUGGUCAUGCGAAAGGGCGAGAUCCAAGGGAGGCAGUCCAGAAUCCAGAGAGGAACACAGGAAAACUCGGGAACGAACUGCGGGAGUACAACACGGACAUCAGACACGGAAGGGAAACGCAGAGAGCGGGAGAGAGAGCAUAAAGCUGGAGUCGGCUUACUGUACAUAGAGGAUUAAGUUCCCGCUAGGAUCUUAAGGUCCACUGGUCCUUAUACCGCUCGCCCUCAUUAGACCCAGGUGUGCAGAUUGCUGAUCACCCACAUGCUGCCAGAGAAAAGCGAGUUCAAGCCCGCGUCGUGACAAUUUCCCAACCGAUAUUCUACAACACAAAUACAACGUCGAAACAACAUACUUUUUGACAAUGUUGGGUUCUGACGUUGAUUUGAAUAUUGAAUUUUGGUCAUUUUCCAAACAUCAAUGAGGAUCCAACGUUGGACAUCAACGUCCUCUCAAUUUACAAAUACAACUAUUUUGCAACCUUGUUUCAAUGUCAGUUUUAAAGGACAUGUACGUAGAAUCAACGUAUCGAUGUCUUGUGCCUGCUGUGUCAGUUUUAACUGUGAACUUCACCAUGGGGGGGAAUCAUUAUUUAAUCCAAAAUUGAUUUUGUGAGUUUACCCCCUUACAAAUACAUAAUGGCACGGGGUGUCCAAAGUGUGGCCCUAGGGCCAUUUGCGGACCACAGUUAUUUAUUUUUUUAAUGGCCCACGGCACAUUUUUUAAAAUACGAUAACAAAAAAGAAAAAAAAGCGGGCUAAAAAACAAACAAGUGAAUUGUAAUGAAAACAUUUUGAAUUAUUGAGGAUAAUAACACAAAACUGCCAUGCACUCAAAUUUUUACUUUAAAGCUGUAAAACAGAUACAGUCGAUAGGAAGUUUAUCAAAAGAUUAGAUUGUU